AUGACAAGGAAGCGUUCACUGAGAUACUGUGUUUUGGACCGUUUGUGGAUUCUCAACGCUACCUCGGCUUUGAUCUUCGGCAGAGAAGCCAACUUCCGUGUGGUAUCGACAACGCUCUUCUUCUGCCUUACAGUCUCUUUUGUCAAGUAUGGUUCAAAAAAAGGCCUGCGAUGCAUGUCACAAGAGAAAGCUUGCACUUUCGACCGUGUCAGGGGUCGUAGGAAGCAAGCUGUCAGGUCUAGAUCCAAACAAACAUCAGAGAGUAGUCUUUCAGAACGGCUGAGAAAAGUAGAAGAAGCACUCGCUCAAACACUCGCUAGCCAGAGCGACCCUUUGAGCAGAGUAUCAAAACACUUCACUUCGAGCUCUCUGCCUGUACAUGACAAUUCCGAAUCUCCUGCAACCGAAAGCGGCAAAGAGCCAACUCCAGUAGUGGUCACACAGCCAGAACCGUCUGACUCUUCCAUGGCCGAUUGCGAAUCCAUCGUCCAACCAGAAAGUCUCACUACUUUUGUACCCUCUCCCAGCGCCGUCUCCUACGGCCAACUCCACUUUGGUGGCUGUCACUUUGGCCAUCUUAGCCAGAACAAUGGGCUGCCGCUGAUUUCAGAUCAAGAUAAAACGGUUGUUGAAACCAUCUGGCAUGUGUUUUCGAAUUCGUCUUUUCGACUUGUGUUCCCCGUUGUCGACCCAGAACUAUUCUAUGAUACAAUCAACCUGGCGUAUAUGAGCUGGAGUGGAGAGACUCCCUCGCUUGAGCACAUGAGCCAGAUGGCUUGUGUUUUGGCUUUUGCGUCUAUGAUUCCACUGUUCCAGGGGUCACUAGUCGAUCUUCCCCCUGUCGAUACUGAUAUAUGCGCCGCAAAGGCUCGCUACAUCCUUACUGAUGUUCUUGAAGUGCCGAAUCUCGCCACUCUUCAGGUGGCUUUCAUGCUGAACAUGCACGAGGUCUUCCUAGGACGACUCCGUUCCGCUUCCAUGUUUCACGCCAUUGCCUGCCGCAUGGCCUUUACCCUUGGCGGCCAAAACUACACCGCAACCGAGACUAACAAGGGUCGAAUCACUCACCAUGAGCGAGAGCGUCGCCAAAUAAGACUUCUCUUCUGGCUUUUGUAUAUCUUUGACAAGAACAUUGCCCUACGAAGCGGCCAGCCCCCUUUGAUGUCCGAAGACUACUGCGACCUUACCUUGCCAGAGAACUAUCUGGAAUGCUACGAAUAUCUCCCCGGCCUGAGUCACCAUCUCCCUCUUGAGCUUGAUGGUGAUACCGCCCUCGCGCCUCAUCUUCCUGGAGACCCGCGCCUCAGUCAUAUAAAGGAAAAGGCUAGUCGCUUACUCUACUCUGCGCAAGCCGCCAGGAAAACACCCGCCCAGCUUCUAUUCGACAUCAGAGAUCUUGACGAUGAGCUGGAAACCUGGAGAAAGUCCAUCCCGCAAAACUUCCGCCCCCAACUCUCCAUCCGCAAUAACUAUCAAGUAAAUGUGGAAAACAUGCAUCUUCCGCGUAGCAUGCGUUCCAUUACCCUCCAUCUUGAGUACCAUCACCUUUUGGCCACCAUUCAUCGCGCCAGUGGAAGAUGCAUGCAUCAUCCUGAACAUGAAAAGUCAAACAUCGACGCCGAAUGGCCAUCCAAUAUUGAAUCAGGUGUUGAAUCAAGCAUUGCUCUGGCGCUUGAAGCAAGUCGCUCGACUCUUCUAUAUCUUAUGGCGGCCACGGACGGUCUUGCUGGUGAAGCCUUCUGGGUCGUUGUGUUUUAUCCUACCACUGCUAUGAUUACGAUCUUCUUCAACAUCCUCAUGCAUCCUCUCCGCCCAUCGGCUAAGUCAGACCUGGAACUUCUCAAAUCCUCUUCUGAUCUGAUUAAGAAGCUUCCAAGUUCGCAUCUCAGACCACAAGACGAACGGAUGGAAAUGAUCAACGACUUUUGUAUGGAGCUUGUUCGCCUAGCCAGCAGUGCAAUCAACAAAGCUGUCUAUGAACUCGACCAAGAACGUGAAAUUAUGCCGCCAACCAACAUAUAG